AGACAAAAGCGUUACGGACUGGUUGGCUCUCUAAGCAGUGACCACCGAUUAUCUCUCUCUCUAUCUCUCUACUCUCUCUCCUUUAAUCAUGGUGGUUGAACUAUGGGAGACGGUCAAGGAAACAAUCACAGCUUACACCGGACUCUCUCCGGCUGCCUUUUUCACCGUCUUGGCUCUCGCUUUCGCCGUCUACCAAGUCGUCUCCGGUUUCUUCGUCUCCCCCGAGGAACACCGUCCUCGUUCAACGGAGGAUUACCCUCAGCCUGAGCCCCUUCCGCCUCCGGUUCAGCUCGGAGAAAUCACGGAGGAGGAGCUCAAGCAGUACGACGGCUCCGAUCCCAAAAACCCCCUUCUCAUGGCCAUCAAAGGCCAGAUCUACGAUGUUUCCCAGAGCAGGAUGUUCUAUGGACCAGGUGGACCAUACGCUCUGUUUGCGGGGAAAGAUGCGAGCCGAGCUCUUGCUAAGAUGUCCUUUGAGGAAUCCGAUUUGACCGGAGACAUCUCGGGACUAGGUCCAUUUGAGCUAGAUGCGUUACAAGACUGGGAGUACAAGUUCAUGAGCAAGUAUGUCAAAGUCGGGACCAUUCAGAAGAGUGAUGGAGAAGGCAAAGAAAGUACCACAGACUCGGAACCUGCUACAAACACCGGGGAAGAAGCUCCCGCGGUUACCCACGGUGAGACUUCUGCAAGCAUAGAAGAGAAAACGGAAGAAACCACGGAGAAGAAGGAUGUUGCAAAUGGUGAUGCUGCAAAGGAGGACUAAAGGCAAUGAAGCAGCGCUUUCUCGGUGAAGAUUUUUUUCAGGGUUUUAUGAGAGUCGUACUCGUAUAUAUAGCUUUAAGUUGGAAGAACCAAACUCAAUCAAAUAAAAAAAAAUGUGUAAGACUUUUUAUCUUUGUGGAUCUUAUGACAUCUAAAUCUCUUUAUGAAAAAGCUUCAACUACAUUA